UCUGUUUUUCUAUAUUAUGUUUAUGUAUUCUUUCUAAAUUUAAGGAACAACCUAUGGACCGAAUCAGAAAUAAAAAACCGGGAAUAGAGUUAUGGGCUCGAUGAUUUGUAAUGGAAUAGAACUGAUACUUGAUAGGAAUAUUAGUAUCGUAUAGAGUCGACAAAUGAAGUGAGUUCAUUUAAAAAUUCACAGACGAGCAAGAGCAAAUGGCAAAAAAAAAAAGCAUUUAUUUCCCUUUUAUACCUUGCAUCUAUAGUAUUUUUGCCUUGGUAGAUCUCUCUCUCACUUACAUUUAAUAAAUGUCUGGAAUCUUGGAUUAAUAAGUGGUGGAAUACUAGGCCCUCAUAAUUUUUUUUGAAUGAUAUUCAAGAAAAGAAUAUUCUCAAACAAUUCAUAGAAUUAAAAGAACUCUCCUUCUUCGACGAAAUGAUAAAGGAAUACCCGGAAAGGCAGUUACACAAGUUUCACUUCGGAGUCUACAAAGAAAUGAUCCAAUUGAUCAAGAUGGACAAUGAAGAUCAUAUCCAGACAAUUUUACAUUUCUCAACAAAUCUAAUUUCUUUACUUAUUCUAAGUGUUUAUUCUAUUCUAGGUAAUGAAGAACUUAUUUUUCUUAACUCUUGUCUUCAAGAAUUCUUAUAUAAUUUAAGUGAUACAAUAAAAGUUUUUCCUAUUCUUUUAUUAACUGAUUUACGUAUAGGAUUUCAUUCGCCCCAUGGUUGGGAACUAAUGAUUGGCUCUAUCUACAAAGAUUUUGGAUUUGCUCAUAAUGAAGAAAUUAUAUCCGGUCUUGUUUCUACUUUUCCAGUUAUUUUAGAUACAAUUUUUAAAUAUUUGAUCUUUCGUUAUUUAAAUCGCGUAUCUCCGUCACUUGUAGUGAUUUAUCAUUCAAUGAAUGAUUGAAAAAGGAUCGAUAGAUCAGAUUAUAUAUAAUGCUUGCUACUUUGUACAUUAGCAAAACAGUCAAAAUUGUACUUAUUCUUUCAACCCACCCGGGUGAUUCCUUCAAUAUUCUAGUAACAUUAUUUUAGUAAAUCUAAAUAGCAGAAUCAUAGAUAGGAAACUAUACUAGUGACUUAUCUAAUUUUAUUGUAAAAAUUUUUGGGAUAAAUGAUUGGACCAUGAAAACUAGAAAUACCUUUUCUUGGAUAAAGGAAGAGAUUAUUCGAUUCAUUUCCGUAUCACUAUUAAUAUAUAUAAUAACCAGGGCACCCAUUUCAAAUGCAUAUCCCAUUUUUGCCCAACAGGGUUAUGAAAAUCCACGAGAAGCGACAGGCCGUAUUGUAUGUGCCAAUUUUCAUUUAGCUAACAAGCCCGUAGAUAUCGAGGUUCCACAAGCGGUACGGCCUGAUACUGUAUUUGAAGCAGUUGUUCGAAUUCCUUAUGAUCUGCAACUGAAACAAGUUCUUGCUAAUGGUAAACAAGGAGGCUUCAAUGUGGGUGUUGUUCUUAUUUUACCUGAGGGCUUUGAAUUAGGCCCUCCUGACCGUAUUUUGCCCGAGAUUAAAGAAAAGAUGGGAAAUCUGUCUUUCCAGAGCUUUCGCCCCACUAAAAAAAAUAUUCUUGUGAUAGGUCCCGUUCCUCGUCAAAAAUAUAGUGAAAUCACCUUUCCUACUCUUUCCCCUGACCCCACUACUAAGAAAGACGUUCAUUUCUUAAAAUAUCCCAUAUAUGUGGGCGGGAACAGAGGAAGGGGUCAGAUUUAUCCCGACGGGAGCAAGAGUAACAAUAAUAUUUAUAACGCUACAGCGGCGGGUAUAGUAAGCAAAAUCAUACGAAAAGAAAAAGGGGGAUACGAAAUAACCAUAGUGGAGGCAUCUGAUGGACGUCAAGUGGUUGAUUUUAUUCCUCCAGGCCCAGAACUUCUUGUUUCAAAGGGCGAAUCCAUGAAACUGGAUCAAUUAUUAACGAGUAAUCCUAAUGUGGGUGGAUUUGGUCAAGGGGAUGCGGAAAUAGUACUUCAAGAUCCAUUACGUGUACAAGGCCUUUUGCUCUUCUUGGCAUCGGUUAUUUUGGCACAAAUCUUUUUGGUUCUUAAAAAGAAACAGUUUGAAAAGGUUCAAUAGUCCAAAAUGAAUUUCUAGAUCCACAGAUUUUCAAUACCAAGCUCUAAAAAGAACCCCGACUUUUGUUGGAAAAUUUGUUAUGGAAUUCUAUCAAAAAAAUUCCGAAAAGUCUUUAGGCUUUUUUAUUUUAGUUUUCUAUCUUAUAUCAUACAUUACAUUUUUUAAGAAUUACUUGUAACGCAUUACUAGUUAAAGUAUGUAUACUGUGAAGAAGACUAUUUGACUUUACUUAUUUAUUUCUUUGUUUUUUCAAUCAAAACCGAAGCGAUAUAUUAUGUCACUAUUGUUCGAUUUCAAUCCCAGGCCAUUUAAAAUUCCAUCGAAUGAAUCAAUAGUUUUCUAUUGUAAUAGGUAUAGAAUGCUAUUUAACUCAAUUUAACUCAACACUAACCAUAAGAUAAAUAAGCAGAAAAUAGAAACCAAAGUAUCAAAAAAAUGAAUGAGAGGAAGAAAGCAUUCUAAUUCGAAAAGGGAUUAGUUGUAUUCCUAAUCUUUGACACAAGAAAAGGAAUUUUCCACAACCCUUUCUUGUGUCGAAAUAAUAAUCAUUCUUGAUCUCGUUCGUCAAAGAUUCCUAUUCGCCUUGUAGUUUCUAUUUUUUCUAGGUUUAUCAUAACCCUUCUUUUAGAUUUAUUCCAUAAAUAAAGUAUGGACGGAUACUAUCGAGGAACAGAUGUUCUGAAUCAAGUAAUUUAAGUUAAUUUUCUAAAAAUAUCAUAAAAAACGAAACUGGAGUUUUUUGAAACAUCCGAAAAAAAAAAUCCUUUUUUUGUUAUCAUUUAGAUUUAGACGAAUAAAAUAUUAUGAUUAUUAAGAGCUCAACGAGACCUACCCCCUCUUUUUUUAUCUUCUUUGAGGGGGAUUCUGUUGAGUUCUUACGCUUUCAUGUCUUUUCUACAACUCAGUUUACCCAAUUACUAAAGGGAUGAACCUAAUCUAGAAUAUGAACGAUAAAAGAAAAUACCUAGUAAACUGAUCACAAGAAUACCAACUACAGUACCAUUUGUCCUACUUUCCUCCACAUUUCAUCAGGUGGUCGUGCUAGAGAC